AUGGAGACUAAAUCACAAAAUUCCUUAUUGAACCGCAUACAAGUCACUUCUGGAGUAAAUGUGGAGGAUUUGGAAUGCAUUAUUUGCACUAAUCUUCUUUGGAAACCUAUCGCUUGUAAUAAUUGUGAUGGCUUAUAUUGUUCAGAGUGUAUCAAGAGUUGGCUUGUCCAAAGUCCAGGAAAUUGUCCACAGUGUCAAAAUUAUGCUGAACGAAGAUGUUCUCCAUUUGUAAUAAAACAACUGGCCAAACUGCAAUUUGCAUGUAUAAACCAACCAAAUGGAUGUCCAGAGAUAAUUGGAUAUGAAGCACUUGAUAAACAUGAAAUAGAAUGUGGUUACAAACUUCAACAGUGCUCUGGUUGUCAUUCGCCAUUAUUGAAAAAAGAGUUAGCAAAACAUCAGAAUAAUUGUGGAUCGAUUAGAUUGACCUGUUCGGAAUGUAAUGUUUCGUACUUCAGACGUGACGCUUCGUCACAUACUGAAAAUACAUGUUUACGUGAGCAACUUCGACAAUUUCGACAAGAUUCUGCUACCUAUAAACAGCAGCAAGAAGAAAUGAUAAACAGAUUGACAACACAAUUGGAACAGCAGAAAGUUGACAUUCAAACACAUGAAAAGAGAAUCGAAGAGCUCUCUCAAGAACUAAAACAACUUCCUAAAAAGUACACGCGUAAGUAA